AUAAGAUAAGGACCUUACUCAUCUUCCCCAUUAAAACCUAAUCACAUAGUUUUCUUUUUCCUUGCCAAAAGAUGAAGUUCUCUGCUUCGUUCACUUGGACAACCUUAAUCACAUUGGUAUGUCUUAUGCUUCAUGUUUCUUUGUCCGAUGCUCAACUUACCCCUACAUUCUACGACACUUCAUGUCCUAGAGUUACUACCAUCGUAAGAGAUACCAUUGUCGAAGAGUUAAGGUCAGACCCUCGUAUCGCCGCGAGCAUCCUUCGUCUUCACUUCCACGACUGCUUUGUUAAUGGUUGUGACGCAUCGAUCUUGUUGGAUAACACAACAACAUUCCGAACAGAGAAAGAUGCGCUUGGAAACGCAAAUUCGGCUAGGGGAUUCCCAGUGAUUGAUAGAAUGAAAGCCGCAAUAGAGAGGGCUUGCCCGAGAACUGUUUCAUGCGCAGAUAUGCUCACCAUUGCAGCUCAACAAUCUGUUACUUUGGCAGGAGGUCCUUCUUGGAGAGUUCCUUUGGGGAGAAGAGACAGCUUACAAGCAUUUUUGCAACUCGCUAAUGAUAAUCUUCCUAGUCCAUUCGAAUCACUUCAAGAAAUUAAAGAUAAGUUUAGCAAUGUUGGCCUCACCCUUCCUUCUGAUCUCGUUGCUCUCUCCGGUGGCCAUACAUUUGGUAAAAACCAGUGCCAGUUUAUUACGAACAGACUAUACAACUUUAACAAUACUGGUUUACCCGAUCCUACUCUCGACGCUACUUACCUCCAAACUCUUCGUGGACAAUGUCCCCAAAAUGGUAAUCCAAGAGCCUUGGUGGAUUUUGAUCUCCGCACGCCUACGGUUUUCGACAACAAAUACUACGUGAAUCUGAAAGAAAGAAAAGGUCUUCUCCAAACCGAUCAAGUGUUGUUCUCUAGCCCCGAUGCCACAGACACGAGCCCCUUGGUGAGAGAAUAUGCUGAUGGCACACAAAAGUUCUUUGAUGCCUUCGUGGUGGCUAUGAACAGGAUGGGAAACAUUACACCUCUUACAGGAACUCAAGGACAAAUCAGGUUGAACUGUAGCGUGGUGAACUCCAACUCUCUACUCCAUGAUGUGGUGGAGAUUCUUGACAACUUUGUUAGCUCUAUGUGAGAAUUGUGUACUAAAUAUAAUAUAUGUCGCUACAAGAAUACGUAUCAAUAAAUAAAACUCUCAAAGCUGUUAUUACUUGAGAAUAUUAUAUUUAAAUUUCUCUUUUUCUAGAUUUUUGUAAAACA